AUGGCUUCAAACAAGCAAAGUGCCACUGUUGGCCCUGAAUUGGCCAGGGUGCUCCCUGUAUUGGACAAACCAUGGUAUCGCACUCCGCACUUGCUGAAGCUCAAUAUCCUUUUGCUUCUUGUGACUUUGUCGGCAACGGGCAUGGGAUUCGACGGGUCAAUGAUGAAUGGAUUGCAGUCCUUGUCGACAUGGACGGACUAUUUUCAUAAUCCGAGUUCUUAUCUGCUGGGCAUCACGAAUGCGGUUCUGAACUUGGGCCCGAUCCUUUUCGGCGGACCCGUUGGGUGGCUUUCUGAUCGAUAUGGACGACGCGUCGCAAUUCAACUUGGCUGCCUCCUGAUCAUAUUGGCUGCAGCAGUACAAACGGCUUCCCAGAACCUCGGCAUGUUUGUGGCUGCUCGAUUUAUCCUUGGAGUUGGAAUUGAGUUUUGCAUCAUCCCUUCUCCAGUUUUGACGACAGAGUUGGCAUACCCUACUCACCGCGCCAAAAUCACAAGUGUGCUUUUCACUUUUUAUUUCAUUGGCUCCAUUCUCUCUAGUUGGACUACCUACGGAACUUAUCGUAUGAGUCAGUCAACUUGGACUUGGCGCAUUCCAUCACUUCUUCAGCUUGCGCUUCCUUCUGUGGAGUUCAUAGGCCUUUUCUGGGUUCCAGAGUCUCCCAGAUGGCUCGUCAGCAAGGGUCGUGUACAAGAAGCUCGCACAAUAUUCGUGAAAUAUCAUGCCAAUGGAGAUGAAUCAUCUUCCUUGGUAGACUUUGAGUUGGAGGAGAUACAUCAGAAUCUGCGAUAUGAAGCCGGUGCAAGCACUUUGGGUUGGAAAGAGGUGUGGAAAACGGCAGCCGAUCGGAAGCGCUUAAUACUAAUGGUGUACUUGUCCUUCAUGACUCAAUGGUGCGGCAAUAAUGUCAUCAGCUAUUAUCUCUCCUUGAUCCUCGACUCGGUUGGAGUGACGUCUUCUGACAGCAAGACUUUGGUCAAUGGCAUCCUACAGAUUGUGAGCUGGAUAGCUGCAGUCAUAGGAAGUAUGCUUGUCGACAGGCUUGGUCGACGGUUCCUUUGGCUGUAUUCAUUGACCGUGAUGAUGUUGUCACUGGCCAUCGCUGUUCUAGCUCUCAUCUUCUUGUUCCAGAUUCACUACUCCUUCGGUAUCACACCUCUCAGUAUGAGUUAUCCUGUCGAGAUCCUUCCCUUCCACAGCCGGCAAAAAGUAAUGAGUCUUUAUUACAUCGGCAAUAGUUGUGCAAAUCUCUUCAACAACUUUGUCACACCAGUGGCCCUCGAUGCGAUUCACUGGAAAUAUUACCUGGUGUUUAUUGUCAUGAUAGCUCAAUUCGUGGUUGUGGUAUACUUUUUCUUCCCAGAAACGCGAGGCUACGGAUUGGAGCAAAUUUCUGGUUUAUUUGAAGGUGAUUCGCUAUUCAUAGGAAAGACCGUGGUGCAACAUUCAGACGAUAGCAUUGAGACUUUGGAGAAGGCUCAAGCGGAGCUCAAAGAUGACAGGGUCGAACAAAUUGAGUCUGUGGUGGCCAUGAACAAGAUAGGCUAA